AUGGUUACUCGCAAGGCCUCCCACGCCGGCUCCUGGUAUACAGACAAUGGCCAGCUCCUCUCACAGCAGCUCGACGGCUGGCUCGGAGCAGUGCCUGCUUCGACGACACCUAUCGGCUCGGCCUCGUCGCAAAAGGGCCAAGUCUCGAUACCAACACCCAAUGCCCGGGCCAUCAUUGCUCCGCACGCCGGAUACUCAUACUCUGGGCCUGCCGCUGCAUGGGCCUACAAGAGCGCCGAUUGGGCCAAUGCAAAACGCGUCUUUCUGCUCGGGCCCUCACACCACUACUACCUAACCGGCGCUGCGACCACGGGCUGCGACAAGUAUCACACCCCGCUGGGUGACCUGAUCGUAGACACAACCCUCGUCCAGAAGAUUCAGCAGGAAUGGGACCUGGAGAUCAUGUCAAAGAGAACAGACGAAGACGAGCACAGUCUGGAAAUGCACCUGCCCUACAUCUACAAAAUGCUGUCGCUCAAGAACAAAGACUUUCAAAGCAACCCGUCCUCGGUCCCUCUGGUCCCCAUCAUGGUUGGCAACACCGAUGCUGCUGCAGAGGCUCGGUACGGUUCCCUUCUUGCUCCUUAUCUUGCUGAUCCCACAAACAUCUUCGUCAUUUCGUCCGACUUCUGUCACUGGGGCUCUCGCUUUCGCUACACAUACUAUCAGCCUCCUAAUGGUGCAGCUGCAACUCAGCUGAAGUCAGCUUCGCGGGUACCAAAUGACUACCCCAUACAUGAGAGCAUUGCUGCUGUUGAUCACGAGAGCAUGGAUGCCAUUGAGACUGGCUCGCACAGAAAGUUCCUUGACCAGCUUAGGAAAACGGGCAACACUGUGUGUGGAAGACAUCCUAUCGGUUUGUUCAUGGCUGCUGUGGAAAGUGCCGAAGCGCUCGAAGAAGGAAAGGGCAUAUUCAGCUUCCUGCGGUAUGAAAGGAGCAGCCUUGUUGAGGACCUCCAGGACAGUAGCGUGUCCUACUGCAGUGCUUUUGCCGUGCUAUAG